AUGGGCUCCCUGGAGCCGGACGCGGGCAACGGGAGCUGGAACGGGAGCGAGGCGCCAGGGGGCGGCGCCCGGGCCAGCCCGUACUCCCUGCAGGUGACGCUCACGCUGGUGUGCCUGGCCGGCCUGCUCAUGCUGCUCACCGUGUUCGGCAACGUGCUGGUCAUCAUCGCCGUGUUCACCAGCCGCGCGCUCAAGGCGCCCCAAAACCUCUUCCUGGUGUCGCUGGCCUCGGCCGACAUCCUGGUGGCCACGCUUGUCAUCCCCUUCUCGCUGGCCAACGAGGUCAUGGGCUACUGGUAUUUUGGCCAGGCGUGGUGCGAGAUCUACCUGGCGCUCGACGUGCUCUUCUGCACGUCGUCCAUCGCGCACCUGUGCGCCAUCAGCCUGGACCGCUACUGGUCCAUCACGCAGGCCAUCGAGUACAACCUGAAGCGCACGCCGCGCCGCAUCAAGGCCAUCAUCGUCACCGUGUGGGUCAUCUCGGCCGUCAUCUCCUUCCCGCCGCUCAUCUCCAUCGAGAGGAAGGGCGGCGGCGGCGGCGGCGGGCGGCAGCGCUGCGAAAUCAACGACCAGAAGUGGUACGUGAUCGCCUCCUGCACCGGCUCCUUCUUCGUGCCUUGCCUCAUCAUGAUCCUGGUCUACGUGCGCAUCUACCAGAUCGCCAAGCGCCGCACGCGCGUGCCGCCAAGCCGCAGGGUCCGGACGCCUCCGCCACCACCACCGCCGCCGCCGCCGCCGCCGCGCCAGCCGGGGCCGCCGAGCGCAGGCCUAAUGGCCUGGGCCGAGCGCGGCGCGGGCUCCGCGAGCGCCGAGACCGAGCCGCUGCCCACGCAGCUCAACGGCGCGGCUGGCGAGCCCGCAGCGGCCGGGCCGCGCGAAACCGACGCGUUGGACCUGGAGGAGAGCUCGUCGUCCGAGCACGCCGAGCGGCCCCCGGGCCCCGCAAGCCGCGGGCCCCGGCAAGGCCCGAGCGAGCCAGGUGAAGCCCGGGGACAGCAUCCCUCGGCGCGCGCCCGGGACCGCGGGGCCCGGGGCGUCGGCGGCCGGGCCCGGGGAGACACGCCGGAGGCGCCAAGGCGUCUCUGGCGCGGGCGGCAGAACCGCGAAAAACGCUUCACGUUCGUGCUAGCCGUGGUCAUCGGGGUGUUUGUGGUGUGCUGGUUCCCCUUCUUCUUCACCUACACGCUCACGGCCGUCGGCUGCUCCGUGCCGCCCACGCUCUUCAAGUUCUUCUUCUGGUUCGGCUACUGCAACAGCUCGCUGAACCCGGUCAUCUACACCAUCUUCAACCACGACUUCCGCCGCGCCUUCAAGAAGAUCCUAUGCCGCGGGGACAGGAAGCGGAUCGUGUGA